GAAACCUGUGAAACAAAAGCAGAAUCUCUCUCUCUCUUUCUCUAAUUGAAGCUCAAGAAACUCCCCGAAGCACAUCAUCCGUGGCGUCUCCGUAAGACUUGCGGCUCACGAAACGCCGAUUGGGGUCGUCGCCCUGGGAUGAGAAUCGCCACCCAUGGGCAACAAGAUCGCGCGCACGAAGCAAGGCUCCGCAUCGGAGUACUACCUCCACGACCUGCCCUCCUCCUACAACCUGGUCCUCAAGGAGGUCCUCGGCAAGGGGCGCUUCUUCAAGACGAUCCAGUGCAAGCACGACGAGGGAUUGGUCCUCGUGAAGGUCUACUUCAAGCGCGACGACAGCAUCGACCUCCGGGAGUACGAGCGCCGGCUGCUCCACAUCAAGUACACCUUCCGCACCAUCGAUCACCCCCACGUUUGGUCCUUCCAGUCUUGGCAGGAAACUGACAAAGCAGCCUAUCUGUUACGGCAGUACUUCUUCAAUAAUCUGCAUGAUCGAUUGAGUACUCGGCCUUUCCUUAAUAUCAUCGAGAAGAAAUGGUUGGCAUUUCAGUUACUCCUUGCGCUGAAGCAGUGCCAUGAAAAGGGAAUUUGCCAUGGGGACAUUAAGUGCGAGAAUGUGCUUGUAACCUCAUGGAAUUGGCUUUACCUUGCUGAUUUCGCCUCCUUCAAGCCAACCUAUAUCCCCUAUGAUGACCCUUCCGAUUUUUCAUUUUUCUUUGACACUGGAGGUAGAAGACUAUGCUAUCUUGCUCCUGAGAGAUUUUAUGAGCAUGGAGGUGAGAUGCAAGUUGCCCAAGAUGCACCUUUAAGACCAUCUAUGGAUAUCUUUGCUGUAGGGUGCGUAAUUGCAGAGCUUUUUCUUGAGGGCCAGCCACUUUUUGAGCUCUCCCAGCUUCUUGCUUAUCGGAGGGGGCAGUAUGAUCCUAGCCAGCAUCUUGAAAAGAUCCCAGAUUCUGGAAUUCGGAAGAUGAUCCUACAUAUGAUUCAAUUGGAGCCAGAAUGUCGCCUUUCUGCGGAAAGCUACCUACAGACCUUUGCUGGCAUCGUGUUUCCAGGCUACUUCUCACCUUUUCUGCACAAUCUUUACUGCUGUUGCAAUCCUCUUCCACCCGACGCAAGGGUUGCAAUGUGUCAGAAUGUUUUCAACGAGAUACUUAAGCACAUGAUGACCAAUAGGCCCUCCGAGGAAACUUAUCCUGGAGCUGGAAUACCUGGAAAUCGAUCAGUGAAGAUGAUUGCAAAACUAGAAGACAAGUCGGAAAAUGACUCGGUGAGAAAAAGAGGGGAUAUUGUGAAAGACCCAUCAGAGGAUCAUGGCGGUGGUUUUGGUUACGACAGUGAUCUGUUUAGGGAUGAUGCAAAGACCGCGGUGAAGGAUGAGUCCAAUUGUUCAAUUCAGCAGAAUUUCAAAAUAAGUCGGAUACAAGAUCCUAAUGAACCAAGUAAACACGUUUCGCAUGUGUUUAGGGGAAUUGACCAUCACUUCAUGAAACAGAUCACAAUUGAGAAGCUGAAUGAUCUGAUGUCUGCACAUGAUGGCAACUUGGAUACUUUUGGCAUGCCGUUUUUAGAAGUACCGGAAAAUAGUAUGAAAUGUGAAGGUAUGGUACUUAUUGCCUCCUUACUUUGUGCGUGUAUACGCAAUGUCAAGCUGCCUCAUUUGAGGAGAGGAGCCCUAGUUCUGCUUACUGCAUGCUCCCUAUAUAUCGAUGAUGAAGACCGCUUGCAGCGUGUGAUUCCUUAUGUGAUCGCUAUGCUUUCCGAUCCAGCAGCAAUUGUGCGUUCUGCUGCCUUAGAGGCUUUAUGCUAUAUUCUUCCUUUAGUCCGAGAUUUUCCUCCCAGUGAUGCUAAAAUUUUUCCAGAAUAUAUUCUUCCCAUGCUAUCAAUGCUGCCUGAUGAUCCUGAGGAAAGUGUGAGAAUAUGCUAUGCCAGUAAUAUAGCAAAAUUGGCUCUCACUGCCUAUCGUUUCUUGCUUCAUUCAAUAAGCUUGAGUGAGGCAGGGGUACUGGAUGAAUUGAGUUUACGACAGAAAUCACCUUUGGUUUCUAGUGAAACAACUAAAAAGCUUCAAGCAGCAAGUACAGAUGCACAACUUGCCCAACUGAGGAAGUCUAUUGCUGAGGUUGUUCAAGAACUUGUGAUGGGUCUCAAGCAAACUCCAAGCAUUAGGAGAGCACUCCUCCAGAAUGUUGGUAUCUUAUGUUGUUUUUUCGGACAGAGACAGAGUAAUGACUUUCUGCUACCUAUUCUGCCAGCUUUCCUGAAUGAUAGAGAUGAGCAGCUGAGGGCAGUAUUCUAUGGGCGGAUCGUAUACGUAUGCUUUUUUGUUGGCCAAAGAAGUGUGGAGGAAUAUCUUUUACCUUACAUUGAGCAAGCUUUGAGUGAUCCAACUGAGGCUGUUGUCGUCAAUGCAUUGGAUUGUUUGACCAUCUUGUGUAAAGGUGGCUUAUUGAGGAAGAGGACUUUGCUUGAAAUGAUAGAACGGGCAUUCCCGUUGCUAUGUUAUCCCAGUCAGUGGGUGAGAAGACUGGUUGUCACCUUCAUCUCAGCUAGCAGCGAGAGUUUAGGUGCUGUAGAUUCCUAUGUUUUUCUUGCCCCACUUAUACGCCCUUUCCUCCGGAGGCAACCAGCAUCUUUAGCUUCUGAGAAGGUUCUUCUUUCAUGUCUAAAACCUCCGGUAUCAAAACAAGUAUUCUAUGAAGUCUUGGAAAGUGCAAGGAGUUCCGAUAUGUUGGAGAGACAGAGAAAAAUAUGGUACAAAUCAUCGGCACAAGUGAAACAAUGGGAAACUGUCAAAUCCUUGAAGAGGGGUUCAGGAGAAAUAAACUCAAUGAAAAGCUGGCUAGAUAAGCCACUAAAUCUUGAUACGCAACGCUCAAUUGACAGUACCCUAAACCAGCCUGGCCAAACUGAGUCUGAUGAAAAUGUGGCAAAACUAAGGUCUACAGGGAGCUAUAUGCCAAAGACUACUAGCUCUAUAGAAGCUACAUGCUCGCAGUUUUCAGGUAUUAUGACUUCACAAGGUGGUGGUUUGAAUAGCUUCAUGUGUGACAAAUCAUCAGAAGGGAUUCCUUUAUAUUCCUUCAGUGUAGAUAAGCGAUCAAGUGGAAAUCCUUCUGCACCAUCUGCUUCUUCAUUGCAAGUGAAUUCCUUGGGUUUUGAUUCGUCAUCCAUGCCUUGGAUGGACACUGUAAGCAAAUCGUUUUCCUUGGCAAGUUCAGUUCCAGCACCAAAGCUUGUUUCUGGUUCAUUCAGCAUCAGCGGUGGUUCUAAACAAUUUUAUAGGGUGGUACAUGAGCCAGAUAGCAGAGAGAAUGAUCAAACAACUUAUGGUAAUAGCAAAUUCCAAGAGAUGGGAUUACCUAGCAUGGUGAAAGGAAGCUCGGUCAAUAUAGACGAUGCUUCUACGUUGUCUGAUAUAAUGGGACUACCUUCAUUUCAACGUGCAUCGACCAUGCCAGAUUUAGGUUGGAGGCCACGUGGAGUGUUAGUUGCGCACCUCCAGGAACACCGCUCUGCCGUCAAUGAUAUUGCAGUUUCAACUGAUCAUAGCUUUUUUGUUAGUGCUUCAGAUGAUUCGACUGUCAAGGUUUGGGAUUCAAGAAAAUUGGAAAAAGACAUAUCAUUUAGGUCAAGGCUAACAUAUCACCUGGAAGGAAGCCGUGCACUUUGUACUGCAAUUCUUCGGGGUUCUGCUCAAGUGAUUGUUGGAGCUUGUGAUGGCACAAUACAUAUGUUUUCUGUGGAUUACAUCUCCAGAGGUCUCGGCAAUGUCGUUGAGAAGUAUUCAGGUAUUGCUGAUAUUAAAAAGAAAGAUGCUAAGGAAGGUGCUGUGCUCAGCCUAAUGAAUUAUAGUGCUGAUAUUACUUCCAGCCAGAUGGUUAUGUACAGCACCCAAAAUGGUGGGAUUCAUCUGUUUGAUGCAAGAAGUAAUUUGAAUGCAUGGAGCUUGGCAACUACACCUGAGGAGGGUUAUAUUUCUUCUAUAGUUGCAGGUCCUUGUGGAAAUUGGUUUGUCUCAGGGUCUUCGAGGGGUGUGCUUACUCUCUGGGACCUGAGGUUCCUUGUACCUGUCAAUUCAUGGCAGUAUUCUCUUGUUUGCCCUAUAGAGAAGAUGUGCCUUUUUGUUCCUCCUUCAAAUGCUUCCACAUCUGCCAUGACAAGACCACUUGUUUAUGUUGCUGCUGGCUCUAAUGAGAUUUCUCUCUGGAAUGCGGAGAAUGGGAGCUGCCAUCAGGUGUUGAGGGUUGCAAAUUAUGAGGGUGAUGGCGAAGUGUCUGAUGUGCCUUGGGCACUGGCUAGACCAUCAAACAAAACAAGUUACAAAGCUGAUCUGAGACGUAAUGUGAACCCAAAGUACAGAGUCGAUGAGUUGAAUGAGCCUCCUCCUCGACUUCCGGGCAUUCGUUCAUUGCUUCCCUUACCUGGGGGUGAUUUGUUAACAGGGGGUACCGAUUUGAAAAUUCGUCGAUGGGACCAUUGCAGCCCUGAUCGAACAUACUGUGUAUGUGGACCAAACAUAAAGGGCAUAGGAACUGACGACUUCUAUGAAUCAAGAUCAUCUUUCGGGGUGCAAAUUGUGCAGGAGACUCGGAGACGACCUUUAACAACUAAGCUGACAGCAAAAGCUGUCCUUACUGCUGCGGCCACCGAUUCUGCCGGUUGUCAUCGUGACUCUAUCAUCUCUUUAGCCUCAGUCAAGUUGAACCAGAGACUCUUGAUUUCAAGCAGUAGGGAUGGAGCUAUUAAGGUUUGGAAGUAAAGAAACUAUCCAUAACCUUAUUAGUUGUACAUAUGUAGAGUCAACUUAGUUGUACUUUAUCCUUCAUGAAAAUUUUCUUCUAGUCCAGCUGAUACAGUUUGUACAGAAUAGUAACAUAUUUUGUCAGUCAGGAAUUCGCCUUGUUUACUAUUCUACAUUAUUUUCUCAACCUCAUAUGUAUGAAAGCUAAUUUUAUAAGAUCUGAUAAAGGAGUGCCUCCUCAUAUAUUCACUUGA